AAUGUUUCUGGACUUGCCGCAGCGUGCGCUGUGUUUGGCGCGGAAAAUUUAGCACGUGAUCUGCGGCCACAACGGCGCGAGCGAUCAGGCUUGAUGGGCGUUAUCGCUUUAUCUUCCAACAGAGCUCCUAGCGACGGGCAGUGCAGGGGGUGUGUUUUGUGGUCAUGCAGUGGCUUUGAUUGCUUGCCGUAGUCGUUGCUAAGUUGAAGGCUUGACGCGCUCUUCAACCACAGAAGGACGUUACCGAUGGGGAUGCCUGUACGACCACAACGCGUGGACUUCUUUCACAACUGUUAAAUAACUGUGAGGAAAUUGACACCCAGUCACAGCGGAAAUCAGCCGAGACUAUCAAUGGGAACCUGAUCCAUGAUCAGGUGAUCUUUCCUGUCUGGAAGCUGGCAGAAAGAUCAUGGAGCCGCCAUCUUCAAAUCGCAAUAGGCGGCCCAGACCUCGGCAUCGUCGGCCCGGAAAUAACCAGCAUGGCGACGGACCGCACUUCAGCUUUGCACGUCACUCCGCACACAGCGAAGUGCUCGGUGAACCUCCGCCGCUGAAUUUGGCUGAGGUUUCUGAUAACGGUGCUCAGGACAGAGUUGCGUCGGCACAAGCUGUUCGCGCUAGGUCCGGGGCCAGGGAGGGGAGGGGUGCAACGCGGGGGAGAGAGAGAGGACGGCCCCCAUCUUCAGCAGGCUCUGGCAGAGGAAGGAGUCGGGGAGGCCGAGCCACGCAACACGGGACUCCGCGUAGCAACACUCGAAGUACACACCACGGCUCAUUGGACGACGUUCCUUCUGGACCUUGUCGUCCGGAAGGUGAUAACUGCCAAAACAGGAGCGUUCCAGGUGAUGACUCUUCGAAUAACUACUUCCAUGACCGGUCAACGUUCCCUGUCGGGGCCGAUCGUCCCUCGCGGAGCAAGGUGGUUUCCUUCCCGACAUUUGCCGAUAUAAUGGCCGCCAUGACACUGCGGCGAGAAGAAAUUGGACUUGCGAGCGAAAAGUCUGUCUCGUUGCAUGUGCACGACUGCUAUUUACAAGCGGCGUCCUCUGAUGUGCGGGCUACGUUAGGUAGCUUUCACCUUGUACCCGACAGGGGCCUUGGCCGUGUCGUUACAGUUGCCAACUGCGACCCGGUCACACUUUGUGGCGCCGCCGUCGCCUUUUGCGACCCCGAAAAACAGUACGUAUGCUACGGUGAAAUCCUGAGCCUCGACGGGAAACUAGUCGCCUUGCUCUUCGAUGGCCUUGGAGUUACCGAUGACAAGGAAAGUCACGAGUUCGUUCUAGUCAAUCUUAACUUGGCCGCAAACUACUUCAUUAACCAUCUCGCUUCGCUGCGUUCAAAAUCAUUUGAUGACAUGAAGCGAGUGGAAUCGCUGCUUGAAGGAGAGGUAUGCGUGUCUACUGAAUCAGGACUUCAGGCAACACAUGAUGAGGCUGCAAUACAAGCUGCCCUUGACUCAUCAUUGAAGAGCAAUUCGGCCAGGACACAUCCUCUUGAUGAAAACCAAAUGAUCGCCGUGAAAGCUGCAGUUACUUCUCAAAGGGGUGUGUUAAUUCACGCGCCUUCUGGCACCGGUGACAAAGAACUGCUGAGGUCCGCAGUGGAAGUGGCUCUCACUGUUGAUAGCUUAAAGAAUAGAGGGCCGGUACUUGUAAUAGGCAAUGGUAUAACUCCUAUGUUCAGAAACAAACCAGCUGGCUUAUUCUGCUUAGAUACCGAAGUCCGCAAAUCAGCAGAUGCCGUUCAGGAAUCCGCUACAGCUAUCUUAUCAAAAGGCAAAAUGAACGAAAGUCUUCUAAGAAUGAAGAAAGUAUUGAAAGACCUGUGCAUUUUGAAGAGCACGAUCCUGCACCAGUCUCGAUUCCACGGAAUCACUCGUGAGUUCUCAACCAAAAGGAGUGAAGAAAGAAACUGCGUAGAAAAGUGGCUGAUGCAAGGAGUUAGUCGCAACGACAUGUUGGCUGUUGUGUCAGUCGCCGAUAUUGAUGCUUACCACGAAGACUGCCAGUAUGCGUUGGAGGGGAGCGGUGUCUCUACCAAAUCAAAUUGUUUGGUUGGUUUUCGUUAUGAAAGGGCUCAGCAAACUUCCCAAGGCACCGAAGGUUUUCCGGACGACUUAAAAGCAGCUUACAUAUGGAAAAUUCUCAAGUUAACUGCUAACUUGCAGAUUGAUGCGGGGCACAAUAUCAUGCUGCUUCAGAAGUGCCACAGGUGGCAGUUGUACAAGCAGUGGACUCGGAGCCUUAGGAAACGUGUACUCAAUGAACUUGAAGACGCCCAAAAUGAAGUAUUAAACUCUUACCUUCACUGCGGCCAAAUGCUAUCGACAAAUGUAUCGCGUCCGCCUUUUGAGACGUCUGUGAUUGCUGCCUCUGUGGCCACAGCUAUCGCACAUAGUGCCGUCAUUGAGUCUAUGCAACCUAAAGUUUUAGUUUUGUUCCGAGCGCAUCAAGUCCCAUUGCUGCUUGCUAGUAGCCUCUUCUGCAGCAGCAUAUCGAGACUCAUUCUCAUAGGGGACAACGUAUGUUCGCAAGAAGCAUCUUUAUCACUUUGGUCUUGUGCGUUCAGCAGCCAAGGCUUCGAGCUGCACGAACUGAGCGUUCAGUAUUUCCUCUCGCAGCCCGUCUGCAACCUCUUAGCACCGUUCACAAAAAAUGUGUUGAAGUCGGGUUGCACUGCUGAGCCUCUAAGGGGUAUUGCGGAGUCUGCUCAAUUUUUUGACGUUCCAGAAGAAGAAGCGGUCUUUAUGAUAUCUCGGUUGUGCCACCAUUUUCAGACGCACGACUACCAACCAAGAGAUGUGGCCAUUGUUACGGUUUCGCCAUCCACUGCUGUGGCUACCCAGAUGGUGGCCGAAAAGCUGCGGCAAGUAGGGUGCACAUACACUGUUUGGUCUCUAAAGAAUUUAUCGUCAUCUUUUUGUAAAAUCCUAGUAUUGCUCGUUGGCUCGGGCGCUCCAGGCUCAGAUCUCGCUGCUGCUCUGAGUAGGGCACGUUGUGCGGUGUACGGCUUCGGAAGGCUGGAGAGUGCCGAUGAGAGCUGCCAGAACGUCUUCAACACGGCUCACGAAAACAACAGGCGUGCUAAACCGGCUCUUUCUCUGUCAUGCGUGCGCCAUCCGGGAACCAUUGUGCGCAUCGAGUCGGGAAAUGAUUUUGUAAAAAAGUUGCAGGAGACUGGAGGGUGCAUGCAGCCAUGUGGUGCUAAGAGACGCUGCGGCCACACGUGCCCAGAAAUGUGCCAUAAGGGAGAUCAUCCAGGCGCUUGUGACCGGCCCUGCCUGAAGCAUAUUUGCAGUCGUAACCAUCCCUGUCCUAACAAGUGCUCCGAGCGGUGCCCUGAGCGGUGCUCGAUUGUCGUCACUGACAAAUUGCCUUGUACACACACGGCUACACUGCCUUGUUACAAGUGGGAACAAGGUUACGUGCCUGUUGCAACACCACUGUCUGCUGCUGCACCUGUCCGCCGAUCUGGUGCGCUCAAGUACAAGUGCAAAAUACCAGUUACAGUGAAUCUGGAGUGCGGACACACAGCCCAGGUUUCAUGCUUUGAGAGGCGGGAUUCAAAGGGCACAAAUGGCAGUGCCUUUGGGCCUAUAAGUGCCUUGUCUUUGCGCCAGUACAAGUGCACGAUACCAGUUAUGGUAAGUUUGCCGUGCGGACACACGACACGAAUUCCAUGCUUUGAAGAACAGUCUACGGUAUCGGCAAGUGCUUCGGCAUUCAAACCUCCUGGCGUCUUGGCUCAGCACAAGUGCACGGUGCCGGUUACCGUGGUCAGGGAUUGUGGACAUCGGGUACAGAUUGCCUGCUUUGAGAAUCGGCUUAGAACGACCACAGCUGCUUCUGAACUCGUACAACGCGGAGAGCGAGUCGUCUUGCCUUCGUGCCGCGAAUCGGUGCAAGUGACCCCUUCAUGCGGUCAUACAAAGACCAUACAGUGCUGCGACAAAGCUGGAUAUCGGUGCGACGUCUCGGUAUCGGCCGUGCGUCCUUGCGGCCACUCUUGCUACGUCUCUUGUGGAGCGGACCGUAGGGUAUUCCCACCGUGUACUGUGCAAGUCAGUGUUGUUCAAGGCUGUGGCCACCCAGUUUACGGGACCUGCAACAGAAUCUCCUCGAUGAAAUGCACAAAGUACGUUCAUAGAAUAUUGCCUUGCGGACACAGAGUAGACGUGCCCUGCAGCCAGCCUAGUCCUCAGUGCCGUGUUAUUGUUUCCAAGUUACUUCCAUGCGGCCACGUUAAUGUUAAGCCCUGCUUCGCGAGCGCUGAUCCCUGCGAAAGUCGAUGUGGUCACGUAUUUCGCUGUAAGCACACGUGCAAACUGGCGUGCUUCAGUCACCCGCACGAAAGCAGAUGCGAAGAUUGCAAGGACAAGUGCUCCAUUUCGUAAUGACCGCAAAUUCGGACAGACCUCAAACAAACCACGCUUUACCAAUGCAAAAUGCUUUCGACGUUUCUCAGCGUUAUCAAGUGUGUCUACCAUCAAUUACUGUCGGAACGAUAGCGCGAAAAGCCAAGUUGUUUAAGUAUAGUGCUAAUUGAACCAAGGUCCACAACGCAGUAGAUGCUAUACACCAGUCUUCGCGGCACUCUACUUAUCUGCUAUGUUUAGCGCGAGUACCUCAUGUUGUUCAUCAUUGCUCAUAUUGCGAACGCUGUAAACUGCCGAACUCAACCGGACACGAAUAAAGUGUUUAAGAAAAUGCGUAA